AUGGGACAGAUGGCUGCUACAGCUGGUGGUGUGGCUAUUGGAUCUGCUGUGGGUCAUACUGUAGGCCAUGCUCUAACAGGAGGUUUUGGUGGAGGAGGACAGCAAGAGGUUGCCCAAGAUCAGGCUCCAGCCCAGCAGCAGCAACAACAGCAGAGAAACCCUUGUCAAAUGGAAUUUGAGAGUUUCGUUCAAUGUGCCCAAAAUCAAGGUGAUAUUUCUCUAUGUCAAGGAUUCAAUGCAGCUUUAAAAGAAUGUAAAUUACAAUAUGGUAGGUAG